GCCCCCGAGCCCGCGAGCCUGGCAGGGGCCUCCCGCGCGCGGCCGGCCCCCGAGCUCGCCAGCCCCAGCGCAGCCCGCGCGCGGCGGAGCGCGGAGGCGGUCACGCCGGCCGCCACGGACACGGAGCUGGACACGGAGGUGGACCCAGUGGAUUCGUUGUCGGCCCAGGCGGGCCAGCUCAAGGAGCUCCUGGCUGCCCGGACGGCGGAUGUCGAGAUGGCCAGGGCCGAGGCCGAGGCGGCCAAGGCCGAGGCCGAGAUGGCCAGGGCCGAGGCUGAGAGGGCCAGCGCAGAGGCCGAGCGGGCCAAGGCCGAGGUCGAGCGGGCCAAGGCCGCGGCCGAGAGCAUGCGCAACGAGCUGGCUGCCAUGCAGGCUGCCGCCGACUUGACGGACCCGCCUGCAGCUGUACCAGAAGGGCCAUGUUACGCCCGCCUGGAGGCGCUCGUCUCGGAGUUGCCAGUGGUGCGGAUUCGCGAGGCCGCCGUCGGAGUGAAGCGUUCCCUCCGCAUGGGCGGCACGGCCAGGGCAUGCCGCUUCCUUUUGGGGGGGUUCCGCGUCGUUGCAGUGGAAGGCCUCGACGCCGCCUCUGGCUCCACCAGCUGCGGCAUGGACAGGGUUCCCGAUGUCCGGGAGUUCGUCAGGCUUGGAUGCGUGUGCGGCGAGACGUUCCCGUGGGACGAUCCCAGCGUUGUGGACGGGGCGGGCGCACGACCAGGAGCAAAACGGCGCCGCCAGGCGUUGCCGUGUGGGCAUUGGAUGAUGCCGUCCGCCGCCUGGCGCUUCGAACUGACACUCCAGGACCUUGAGGAGCCCGCUGCAUCACUAGUGGUGCACGUGCGGGACCAGCACGGCCAGCUGCUGGGGGUGACGCCCGACGCUGCGCUCACCGACGGCGCGGCCAGAGAUCGCGUUCGAGCGCUGCUGGACUCCUUGCUCAAGUCAGGCAGCGAGUCUGAGACGGCGGCGGCCCCAGACCAUACGCUGGCGGGGUCGAUCAUGGACAGGAACUUCACGGUCGAGGGCACCCAGCUGGGCUGGGCAGGCAGCGCAGGGUCUCGGCCCGAGUCCAUGUCGGGUUGA